ACAUGGUACUCUAUCGCCUUUCCCUGUUAGCUGCUGCUUGUCAGCAGCUGGCUGAGCUGUAGGCUGCAGGCCAGUAUCUGCAUACCCUUUCUCUUCAGAAUAUUUCAAAUAUACUGUCUCGUCAUUAUGCAUUUUGCUGCAGUUUGACAAACUAAAUGGUCCUCCUGCACCUUAAGAAGAUUAUUUUAAAUUUCAGAGCAUUUGUGUAGUUACUAGGCCAUGUAUGCAUUUGAAGAAUUCAGUGAACAGAGUAUUUGCCAAGCCCGGGCUUCAGUUAUGGUCUAUGAUGAUACCAGUAAGAAAUGGGUGCCAAUCAAACCUGGACAGCAGGGAUUCAGCAGAAUCAACAUAUACCACAACACGGCCACUAACACCUUCAGGGUAGUUGGAGUUAAACUGCAAGAUCAACAAGUAGUGAUUAAUUACUCAAUUGUGAAAGGACUGAAGUACAAUCAAGCAACACCUACCUUUCAUCAAUGGCGCGAUGCACGGCAGGUCUAUGGCUUGAAUUUUGCAAGCAAAGAAGAGGCUACCACGUUCUCCAAUGCAAUGCUGUUUGCUCUGAAUAUCAUGAACUCACAAGAUGGAGGUCCAGCUGCCCAGCGCCAGGUCCAGAAUGGGCCGUCUCCAGAUGAGAUGGAGGCACAGAGAAGACAAGUGAUGGAGCAACAGCAACAGCGCCAGGAAUCUCUGGAAAGAAGAACCUCUACCACAGUUUCCACCCUUCAGAUAAGCGUGUGCUCUCGCCCCUCUCAGCCCCAGUCUCCUCCUCCCACCUGCAGUAACUGCGGUGCUCCUGCCACUGGUGCUGUUCCCCCACCACCACCUCAUGCCAGCGCUGUCUCUUCAGCACCCGCUGUCCCCAAGCUGGCUAGUCAGUCCUCUUUCAGAUCCCUGCAGAGAGCCAGAGAGUCCCCGCAGCUCCUGCACAGGCACUCAGCCUCUGAGCUGCCAACGGCCCCAGGUUCCUCCCCUCCAGCCUGCCCAAACCGCAGGACCGCAAUGCCAGGCAUCAGGCGAACCUCACUGUCUCCACCACCUCCCCAUCCUCCCCACUUUCCCUUCACCUCUCGCCAGCCUCUCAGGCGCUCUUCUCUUUCGUGCUCUCCUCGGUCUUCUGCUUCCUCCGCCACAAAUUCACCACCUCUGCAGAGGGGUGACAUCCUGCAGCUGCGUGGUCCCACCAUCCUGCCUGUGAUUCCUGUCCCGCCUGACAGGGUCAAGGGACCCACAGGUAAAGCAGGCCAGGAGACCUCAGCAAACAUACCUCUGAAUGGCCAUCCUGAAGGACAAAUUGCUUUAGGCCCCUGCGGGACCCAGGUGAAAAGCGUGGACGGGUCCUUCCUUCCACACCUAGGAGCUGCACCCUUCUCCCCGCUGCCCACCGUCACCAGCCCCCCCAGCUCCUUUGGCCAGGCUCUCUCCCCCUCCUCCCAUCCACCAUCUCGUCCUCCACAGCAGUGGCAGCAUCAGCCCAUGUCAUACUGUCUUCCAUUGCCUCCCCCUUACGCUGCUGUGUCUGAGGUGACUAUGCCCAGGAGGACCCCUCCUUACAUGACUUCAUCAGCCAUUGCCCACUUGAGCCCAGCACUUCCACCUGGUCAUCCCAGUGGUGCUGCUGUGAUCCCUGCUUCGUCCGGGGGGCCCCCACCUCCGCCACCCCCCCCAGUCCCUCCGCCACCCAUGGGAGCUGCACCCCCCCCGCCGCCCCCGCUGCCGGCAGGCGCCGGCCAAGGGGCUGGCACCGAAGAUGGGUCAGUGUCAGGGCUCGCAGCGGCUCUGGCUGGUGCCAAACUAAGGAGAGUUCAACGGCCAGAAGAUGGUUCAGGAGGGUCCAGCCCCAGUGGGGUCUCUAAGAGCGAUGCCAAUCGAACAAGUAGUGGAGGAGGCGGAGGAGGACUAAUGGAAGAAAUGAAUAAAUUACUGGCAAAAAGGAGGAAAGCAGCAUCGCAGUCAGACAAGCCAGCUGACAAAAAGGAAGAGGAAAGCCAAAACGAUGAUGCUAGCACCUCUCCUUCACCCAGUACACGAGGUCCCGCCCAGCAGCCGCAAAAUUCAUCAGACUCUGGGAAGAAGCCAUGGGAAAGGAGCAAUUCUGUUGAAAAGCCUGUAUCUUCAUUACUUUCUAGAAAUCCAUCAGUGGUGAAGAGCUGUGAAGCUAAGAGCCCCACACAAUCCCACGUGUCUUCUAGGAUGAAGCCAGUGAGCAGCAGCAAUGAUGUGGCUAUGGAUGCCUUAGAUUUUGAUCGAAUGAAACAGGAAAUAUUGGAGGAAGUUGUAAGAGAGUUACACAAAGUGAAAGAGGAGAUAAUUGAUGCCAUACGGCAGGAGUUGAGUAGAAUCAGUACAACAUAAUGAUUGCAAAGCAUUUGGACGGUACUAAGAAUGCUAGGAAGAUCGGAUCAUUUCUAAGUGUACCAAGGUCAUGCAAGAUGGUGAGAGAGGACACCGGCACAGUCUUUGUUCUUAUGCCCUUUUUAUUAGCAGACUCAGCACACUUUGAAGCUUGCUGCUGCCUUGGAUUCGCUUCAUUUUAAAAGUCUUAAUCUAAAGAAUAUUAAAUUUUAAAUUUCUGGAUUUUUUAGAUUUCAUCUGACACUGCACAUUGGAUUUGUCAGCCUUUUUUGUAUUUUGUAUUUGCUUAUUUAAAUGUAUUACCUUUCUUUUUAGUAGUAGAUAAGAACACACGUGAACCAUUUGCUUUUGAUAGAUGACUUCAAAGUAAUUUUACUAGUAGUCUGCAAUGUAAAUGAAGAUCCUUUGCCAACAGAAAUGUAUUGUGGCAUCACCAGAAGAAACGGAGACAUGUUAGUUGUCAGCCAACAAGUUCUUUGUCUCAGAGUUAUCACAAUAUAAAAAAAUGGUACGUCAGUGCAUCACAGUAUCUGUGUUCAUAUUGGUAAUAAACUGUUUAUUGUCCACAUG